CCUAACAUGUAAGAAAAGAAACAGAAAAGAUAGAAGAGGACAACGGUUUAUUCCUGUCAUGUUUUCGCAGAAAAAACUAAACUCAAACGAAAGUUUUUAGAAGAUGAGAUGUUGUUACGUCCAGACGCAAUAUGCGUCAUUUCCGGUUCUUCUUGUUCCGGUAUCGAUGAAAACAACAACAUGUUUCCCAGUUCGGAAGAGAUAGCGACCACGUUUGUUUGCGCUUUAGUUUCUUCGUCACUCCAAAAGUGUGGUGCUGUGCCGCGACUCGCCAUGUUGCUCCCAACUUGGUGUUUACUUCCGGUGUUCUGGUGCAUACAAGACGUCUCGCUACUCAAAAGACCAAGAUUUCUUGCGAACAGAGCAUGUGCAGAACAAACGCUUUGAUGGGGAUAUCCCGAUAUGCGUUUACACGACCAAACAUUCGGGUUAGAAAAGGGUUACCCCAGGUGUAGUAACCGGGUUUUUAAAAACCCGGUUAUGAGCAUACCCGGGGUUUUGGCGGUGUUUACAUGGACCUGCGGAACCGGGUUAUUGUGAAUAUUCGGGUUUUAAAAGGGUUACUGGCUGCAUGUAAACGCACUGAUUGUGAUGAGGGUCAAAUUAGUUUGUCUCAUGCUCCAUGCGUGACAGUUGUCAGCCGUGUCCAAGAGAGCAGAGCACAUCUCAACUAGCAGAGGCUAACUGUUAGCAUUAGCAACUCCUCAACAUGGCAGAACUCUUUCAGGCUUGAUUUUUGUGGAAAUAAAACAAACAAAUCCUGCCGUCUGAAACUCGACUCUGGCUCACUUCUACUUCCUGAAACAGGCGUGCUAGUGAGACUGACCCUCAAAGCAUUCAUUUAUAACAGGCAUUUCAUACACAGAGGCAAUCCAGCGUGCUUUUCAUUAUCAAGAAUAACAUGAACAUUAAAAUCAACAUGACAGCACAAUUAAAAUACACGCAGUUAGAUUUCAGGUUUAAGAAUCAAAAAAGGGCAAAGAUAAAAGGCGAGCAGUUACAGCGCAGAAGGUGCGGUAUAAAAGAUUUAUUGUUCAAAGGCUGAUGAAUACAUGAAGGUUUUGAAUUUUCAUUUAAGAGUUACUGGAGUUGAGGCAGAUUUGAGUUCGUAAGGAAGCUGAUUCCAUCUGUGAGCAGCGUAGUAGCUAAAAGCAGCUUCACCCUGUUUGGUUCGGACCCGGGGUUCUACCAGCUGACUGUGGAAACAGAGGCCAAAGCAGACUUAUUUAUAAAAAUAAAAGUCAAUGUGACCUUUAACAGAGUAGAGAGAGAUUCUUUAUCCAUCAUUAAAGUUUGUGCUUGUUGCAACAAGAGAGAGGAUGCACAUUGUGCGAGCAUGACUCUAAACAUACAGACAUGUCCCUCCAUCGCGUAGAUUCCUCCUUCCCCUCCAAGGAAGGGUACAAGAUGAGGGCAACCCUAUAGAGCUCCGGACCCCACGUGACUCUCAGUUAGUGGACGCCAUUUUGGCAUGCAACAAAGGUAAACAAACACGGAUGUAACCAUGAACAUGAACGGGAUCCGCUUGGAUUUUACUUCGUCGGAGUUUACUUCACACUUUAAAACAGAAGAAAUCGUUUUAUAUAGUCAGAAAUUAAAUAGACUAAACAUCUCCGACCCUUACCGUGCCCCUGGGAUACUUUUUAAAAACGCCAGAAGCUGUCGGAGCGGACUUCUUACCGGCACAACACCAGACCUGGCCGGGGAAACCCCUUGGGAUUUACCCGGCCGGAGGAGCUGGGGAGAAGGUCUGGGACUCUCGACGAGAGCCCGCUCCGACAGCUUCUGGCGUCGGAGCGGGCUUCUUACCGGCACAACACCAGACCUGACUGGGGAACCCCUUGGGAUUUACCCGGAGGAGCUGGCUCCGGCGGCUGGGGAGAGGGAAGUCACGCUACUGCCCCCGCAACCGGACUCCGGAUACGCGGAUGAAAAUGGAUGGAUGGACGGACAAAUAACAGAUUUACACGAGCGUGUGCGUAAUCACAAAUACAGAAGUGUUGGGGAUUUAGAAAAGGAUGUCUACCUUCUCUGUCACAAUGCACAGACGUAUAACCUGGAAGGAUCCCAGAUCUACGAGGACUCAAUCGUCAUCAAAUCUGUUUUUGAGAGCGCAAGACUGAGAAUUGUCACAGACGAGGAACAGAAAGAGACCGUUAGUGCCAGUCACAGCGAUAACGGAGGUGGCGCUGAAGAACGAUGUGUUCCAUCAGCGGAGAAUCCAUUACCAGUUCAGAUAAAGAAGGAGGCUAAGGAGGAGAGGAGCAGAAACAUCACGACCAAGAGGCUUCACAGUGAUUUAGACAACGACGAGGAUCCACAGGAUAGCACCACAAAAGAUGAGGGCUGAACUGAAAGGCCCACCCUCUUUUAUAUCCUGUUCAUGUUUAUUCUCUGCCACAUCUGAUUUUUCUUUCAUAGUUUUUUAAAUCAGAGGGGAAAGAAACGAAGGUUCGCACAAAGACUGUGUCAUGUUCUGCGGGUGGAGGUGGCAGACCAUGUGUGGUGGUGGGUUCCGGAGGCAGAUGAGCAGGCAGACGGAUGUAAAAAAUAAAAAGCUGUCUAUUGUAGGACAGGAGCAACAGGACGAACGAACAUGGACAGCGACAAUGAACCGACAAAGACAACAACCAGGAGGGAGGUAUAAAUACACAAGGGAAUCAGGAACACAUGGGCAGAGUAAUCAGGGACAGGUGAGAACAAUUAGGCUAAUCAGGGCAGGAGAGACACAUUCAGGGAGGCUGGGGCGGAUCAUGACAGACUGGCACGUUCCAUUCAUGCAGACAACUCACACUUUUCAAACACGUCGUGGCACAAAGUGCUAUUUUUACUUUCUUGUACCUGUUCUUUUCCAGUAAUUAUUAUUUAUGUUUUAUCUGCUUCAGUCCCUCUGAUUGCCGCUGCAGAUAUGAUGUAAAAAAUACUUUCACUGGCUGUUUUCAACCCGUAUUUUUGAUUGUAUGAGCUGCCUUCAUGUGUCUUUGGAGCAUGAUAUCUGCCCAGCUCCUCCAGAGGAGCACCCACUGUCAACACGGUUCGGUUCAGGUGUUCAGGGCGACACCACCGAAGCACACAGACAAGUCUUUUUAAUAAAGAUGAAGAACAAUUACUCUACAUGUGAUUUAAGAAAAAAUAAAACACCUUUAAUAUUAACAAUUUUUUUUAAAAAAAGACUAAAGUUGAGUGGAACUAAGUCACCUUAACUGCAAGUAUGCAUUUUGUCAGUUUCUGAUAUUUGAUGGAGUCAGUUUUGGUCUAACCAAGGGUAAACAUAUUGGACAUUUAUAUCUCUUGUGCUACCGUAUAUUCACAUAUUGUACAGUUUGUGUCUGAAGUCAUUUCUUUUCAUGUGCUCUCCUGGUUGUUGGAGAGGAUGGAAUUCGUCAUUGUUAAGACAAUCCCUGAAAAUAUGUAUCACUUGCAAAAUAAAACUUUGCCAAAAAAUAAAGCCCACUUGUUUGUAAAUGCUACGUCCUGGAGAGUGAAAUUGUAUUGUUGGUUUUUAAUAUAUUUAAUUUGGUAUCAAAGCAGGAAAUCCGUUUAAAAUAUGUACUUUACACGUGUGUCCAGUAGGUGGCGGAAGAGAGCUGUGUGCUGGCGUCUUCAG